AGAAAAGGACGUUCAAACCCGCAGGAUGUUCCACGUGUCCCGUCUCGUUGUCCGUGGCCAAGCGCACGUGAAGGUUUGCGCCAGGCUAGCCGCUCUCCAGUCCAGCCGCCACAUUAGUACCGGGCGCGCGGCAAGCAAAGAUGUAGGCUUCCGCACGGAGUCGGACACGUUCGGCGAGCUGAAGGUGCCGAACGACAAAUACUACGGUGCCCAGACCGUACGCUCGACGAUGAACUUCCCGAUCGGUGGACCGACCGAACGGAUGCCCCAGCCCGUCAUCACUGCCAUGGGCAUCCUGAAGAAGGCGGCCGCCCUGGUGAACAAGGAGUACGGGCUGGAUCCGAAGAUUGCCGACGCGAUCGCGCUGGCCGCGGACGACGUGAUCUCCGGCAAGCUGUACGACGACCACUUCCCGCUCGUGAUCUGGCAGACGGGCUCGGGCACGCAAACGAACAUGAACGUGAACGAGGUGAUCAGCAACCGGGCGAUCGAGCUGCUCGGCGGCCAGCUCGGCUCGAAGACGCCCGUCCACCCGAACGAUCACGUCAACAAGUCACAGUCGUCGAACGACACCUUCCCGACCGCGAUCCACGUGUCGGUGGCCCGCGAGCUGACGGGCAAUCUGCGCCCCGCCAUCCAAACGCUGCACGACGCACUGAAGGCCAAGUCGGACGAGUUCAAGGACAUCAUUAAGAUUGGCCGCACGCACACGCAGGACGCGGUGCCGCUGACGCUCGGCCAGGAGUUCAGCGGGUACGUGCAGCAGAUGGCCUUCGCGCUGGAUCGCAUCGAGGCGGUGCUGCCGCGCGUGUACAUGCUCGCCAUCGGUGGUACCGCGGUCGGUACGGGGCUGAACACGCGCGUCGGGUUCGCCGAGAAGGUGGCGGCCAAGAUCGGCGAGCUGACGGGGUUGCCGUUCGUGUCGGCGCCGAACAAAUUCGAAGCGCUGGCGGCGCGCGACGCGAUGGUGGAAGUGUCCGGCUGUUUGAACACGAUCGCCGUCAGCUGCAUGAAGAUUGCGAACGACAUUCGCUUCCUCGGUUCCGGACCGCGCUGCGGGCUCGGUGAGCUGAGCCUGCCGGAGAACGAACCGGGCAGCUCGAUCAUGCCGGGCAAGGUGAAUCCAACGCAGUGCGAAGCGAUGACCAUGGUGUGCGCGCAGGUGAUGGGCAACAAUGUGGCCGUUACGGUGGGUGGAUCGAACGGCCACUUUGAGCUGAACGUGUUCAAGCCCCUGGUCGUCUCGAACGUGCUGCGAUCGAUCCGGCUGCUCUCGGACAGCGCCCGUACCUUCACGAAGAACUGUGUGGUGGGCAUCGAGGCCAACCGGGCCAACAUUGACAAAAUCAUGAACGAGUCGCUGAUGCUGGUCACGGCACUGAACCCGCACAUCGGCUACGACAAGGCGGCCAAGAUUGCCAAGACGGCACACAAGGAAGGCACCACGCUGAAGCAGUCCGCCCUCAAGCUGGGCUACCUGACCGAGCAGCAGUUUGCCGAAUGGGUCCGACCGGAGAACAUGCUGGGACCGAAGUGAAGUCAUUGAAAGAAGAGAAAACAACAACAAAAUACACAACACAUUCAUCCGAUCACAAACAGUCCCGUCAACGGUGGUGCAACAAUUUCGAAAAAUGAACGAGUAGAAGAAUGAAUUAUUUAUUUACCA